CCCGCCCCGGUGUGAUAACUAGGGCUCCUCCUCCUCGUCGCCGCCUUCCUCCCUCUGCCGGUCACGUCUCCGAGAACAGAGCCCUGCUUGCGGGGUGCAGCGACGCUCGCGUAGCGCGGGGGCGGCGGCGGCGGCCUCCACUGUCACCUCCCUCCGGGCUCUCCGAUGCUGCGAGCGGGCUGGAGAGGGGGCGUCCCCGCGGCCCAAAAGGGUUCUAGCCUAUUCAUCUAACUCAAUGAUGGCUGUGGACAUAGAGUGCAGAUACAGCUGCAUGGCCCCUUCCUUGCGCAGAGAGAGGUUCGCCUUCAAGCUUUCACCAAAGCCAAGCAAACCUCUGAGGCCUUGUAUUCAGCUGAGCAGCAGGGAUGAAGCCAGCGGAAUGGUGGCCCCAACCGUCCAGGAGAAAAAGGUGAAAAAGCGGGUGUCCUUCGCAGACAACCGAGGGCUGGCCCUGACAAUGGUCAAAGUGUUCUCAGAAUUUGAUGACCCAUUAGAUAUUCCCUUUAACAUCACCGAGCUCCUAGACAACAUUGUGAGUUUGACGACAGCAGAGAGUGAGAGCUUUGUUUUGGAUUUUUCUCAGCCUUCUGCCGAUUACUUAGACUUUAGGAAUCGGCUUCAGACAGACCAUGUGUGCCUUGAAAACUGUGUCCUGAAGGACAAAGCAAUUGCAGGGACAGUGAAGGUGCAGAACCUCGCCUUUGAGAAGAUGGUGAAAAUAAGAAUGACAUUUGACACUUGGAAAAGCUUCACAGACUUUCCCUGUUGUUACGUGAAGGACACUUAUGCUGGUUCAGACAGGGACACGUUCUCCUUCGACAUUAGCCUACCUGAGAAAAUUCAGUCUUAUGAAAGGAUGGAGUUUGCUGUGUGCUAUGAGUGCAGUGGCCAGACAUACUGGGACAGCAACAAAGGAAGAAACUACAGGAUCAUCCGGGCCGAAUUAAAAUCCACUCAGGGAACAGCUGAGCCACACAAUGGACCAGAUUUUGGGAUAUCCUUUGACCAGUUUGGAAGCCCUCGGUGUUCCUAUGGUCUGUUUCCGGAGUGGCCUAGUUAUCUGGGAUAUGAGAAGCUAGGGCCCUACUAUUAGUGCCCACAUGUGAUGGAGCCUGGCUUGAGUGGGUGCAGACAAGCCCAGCCACAGUCACAGUGAGAUGGAGGUAGAGGUCGAGAGAGAAGCUGAACUGCCAUCAGGCACAGUUUUUGCAAAGAAAAGGAUCCUGUUCGCUUUUUUCGUAAACCAGCAAAACCCAGCCAGGUCGCAAUCACACAACGGUUUCACACUCAGAGGAGGCACGGCGUGCUGAUCUGUUUGGCAUCCAUGGUGGCCAUAAGGGUAUGAGCAGGGUGGCACCGGAAAAAGUCUGGAAGGGAACCAGGCCUGCAGAUAGUGCUGGCGAGGCUGGAAGAUGGUGGCCUACCAUGAGGCAGCCGGGAGUGUGCCCAGGCUGCCUGGAGGAGCAGCCCCCUCCCCUCAGAUAUGGAAAGUCGUCACCUGAAAGUCACUCGGUCCCCAGCCACCUCCCAUUGGACCCUUGCUGUGCAUCUCUGGGUGGUCUCUACCCAGCCAGGUCCUGCCUGUUGCUGCUGUUCUGUGUCUACACAUACUUCACACUUUCCUCUCUACAUUUUUUUGCAUUUUAUUUUCUUCCACAAUUCAUCUGAUGUUCAGGAAAAGAUAAUAAAACCAGAUUAGCUUGUGACUGAUGAGACUGGCAUUUCCUGUUUCUGACCCCAUGUUUUUAUUCCAACGAGAACCCCACACCAGUUAGUGAAAGCAACUGGCUUGGGUGCAGUGUUAGAGACGACAGGCAGGCGGGUCAUGAGUGGGACACUUCAGCUUUUCCUCUUGGCUUCUGGGGGAGCUUUCGAAGUACUCACUCUUACCCUGAGUCACCAGACGGCUCAAUUACAAGAUUUGUUUGAACUUGUUCAGCUGGUUUCCAGGAGUCUCGUUCUUCACAAAGGGGUUUUAGAAUCUCCUUUCCUGGAGAGUGAUUUCUUAUGCUGUGUUCAGGAUAUUUUGAUUUGCAGAUCCAACAUAUCCUCAAAGCCUUCAGAAAAUGUUUGGUUUUAUUUUAACUGUGAUGUAACAAUAUCCAGGACACUUUAACAAGCACCAAGGGACUUUUUGAUUUGGGUGUUGUUAUUUAUGGUGUGUGGUGAUGUAAAGAGGUAGGGGAGAAAAACCUCACCAAGUUCUCAUUUUAUUUUCAAUGUCUGCUGACUCGGAAGCAGCAGAGAUGAAUUGUUCUUAACCAUACUGGACUAAAGAAUUAAAAGUC